AUGGUUGUUUUUUAUUUAGAUGGUUUAGAGGUUUUUUUUCCGUAUGAUUAUAUAUAUCCUGAACAAUAUGCUUACAUGAAAUAUUUAAAAAAAACAUUAGAUAGUGAAGGACAUUGUGUUUUAGAAAUGCCAACAGGUACAGGAAAAACAGUUGCUAUUUUUUCUCUUAUAACUUCUUAUCAAUAUUAUAAAAAUGAUGAUGGGAAAUUUAUAUUUUGCACACGUACGGUUGCAGAAAUGGAAAAAUCUCUAAUAGAAUUAAAAAAAGUUAUUCAAUAUAGAAUAAAUAUAAUAAAACAGAGAAAUAAUAAAAAAAUGAUAGAAGAAAAAUCAAAUGAAGAAAAUGUUUCAAUAAGUUUACCAAAAAAUGAAGAAAUAGCUUAUGAAGAUACUAUAUCAGAAGAUUUAAAGAACAAAGAAAGUCAAAUGAAAAAAACAUUGAAUUAUCAUUCUUAUGAAAAAUUCGGAAAAAAUAGUGAAAUGUUAGCUAUUGGAAUUAGUGCAAGGAGAUGUAUGUGUAUUAAUGAUAAAGUAUUAUUAAACCACGAAAGAGAAAAAAUAGAUGAAGAAUGUAGAAAAUUAACUGCUACAUUUGUAAGAGAAAAAAAAUAUAUUAAUUAUAAAUUAGAUAAAAUUGGUAACAAAAAUACUGAUAGAAUCUCUGAUUUUAUAUUAAAAAAUAAACAUCAUGUAGAUAUGGAAGAUUAUUUUGAUAUAUAUAAUUCAAAUAAUACUUUGGAUGAAUAUGACAAAAUAGGAUUAUGUGGAUAUUUUGAAAAUUUUAAAAAAGAAUUUUUGUUUGAGUUAAUAGAACCAGGAGUAUAUACAAUUGAAGAUUUAAAAGUUUUAUGUAAAAAUUAUAAAAAUACUUAUAAUGCAUAUGUACCAAUUUGCCCUUAUUUUUGUGCAAAAAAAAUUAUAGAAAUAUCAAAAGUAAUUGUUUUAAACUAUCAAUAUGUAAUUGAUCCUAAAGUAUCAAAGUCUAUUUUUUUAGGAAGAGAUAUGAAUCAAACGAAUUUUCAUAAAAAUGAUAUCAUUGUUUUUGAUGAAGCUCACAACAUCGAUAGUGUUUGCUUAGAAGCUCUAAGUGUUAAUAUAGAUAGAAAUAUACUUAAUAAAGCUUCUCUAAAUAUAAAAAAGUUAUUAAAAAAAAUAGAGAAUUCAAAAGCAAUUAAUGAGGAAAAAUUAAAAGAAGAAUGCAAUAAAAUUUUACAAAAAAUUAGAUCUCAGAAAUUGAAUAAAAAAAAAAAGGAAGAUGAAGAAAAAGGUGAUAAAAAUGCUAGUGUUGAUGCGUCUAACACUAACAUGAAAGGGGACCAUGAGGAAAAUAUCUUUGAAGAGAAAGGUAGGUUACUACAAACUAAUUCUGACAAAAAAAGGAACGUAUUUGAUUUAAUUACAGAAAAUGACAUAAUAAAUAAUAACAAAUUGCUUGAGACAAAUGAUAAAGAUUCUAAAAAGAGAAGAAUAGAAAGUGAAGUAUAUUUUGAUGAAGAUAUGAACUUGGUUUUUGGAGAUUUAAAUGAAGAAAAAAUAUUUGAGCAAGGAAAGAAUGUAACUAAUGAUGAAUCAAAUUACGUUUUAGAUAAGCAAAAAAAAAAAGAUACAAAUGAUAACAUAAUAGAAGAUUUGAAGGAAAUGAUAAGAAAUGAUAUAAUAGAAAAUAAUAAUACCCAUAAUAGUAAUGAAGAAAAUAAAAAUAGAAACAACUCAAUAGUAGGAGAAGAUGACAUUACCGAUUUACAUUUUAAUCCUCUUUUAUCAGAAGAUAUAGUAAAGAAUAUAAUUAUUCCAGGAAAUAUCAGAAAAUCAGAACAUUUUUUAAACUUGAUGAGGAUAGUAGUGGUUUAUUUAAAGAAGUACAUAAAUAUAUAUGAAAUAACAUCAGAAGGUCCUUUAUCUUUUUUGUAUAAAUGCGAAAAGGAUACUAAAUUGGAUACGUCUUUUUUUAAAUAUUGUUUUGAUAGAUUAAAAUCUUUAUUAAAUACAUUGCAAAUAGUAAAUAUAGAUGAUUAUUCUUCUUUAAAUAUUGUAUGUAACUUUUGUACUUUAUUGGGUAAUUACUUUAAGGGGUUUAUAAUCAUAUGCGAGCCUUACCCAGAAGCUACUGGAAUAUAUGAUCCCGUUAUACAAUUUGCUUGUUUAGAUUCUUCAAUUGCUAUGAAAUCAGUAAUAAAUAAAUAUAAAUCAAUUAUAUUGACUAGUGGUACAAUAACACCUUUAGAAUUAUAUCCAAAAUUAUUGAAUUUUAAAACAGUAUUAACUGCAUCUUUCCCAAUGUCUUUUGAUCGAAAUUGUGUAUGCCCACUUAUUGUUACUAAAAGUUCAGAUUUAAUUCCACUUUCUUCACAAUUUUCUUUAAGAAAUGAUAUUAAUGUAAUUAAAAACUAUGGGAUUUUAUUAAUAGAAAUGUGUAAAAAUAUUCCUGAUGGAAUAGUUGCAUAUUUUCCUUCAUAUAUAUAUAUGGAGCAAGUUAUUUCUACUUGGUAUGAAUUAGGAGUUAUAUCAAACAUUUUAGAAUAUAAAUUAAUUUUUAUUGAAACAAAAGAUAUUGUAUCAACUACUAUUGCUUUACUUAACUUUAAAAAGGCAUGUGAUUUAGGUAAAGGAGCUGUGUUUUUGUCAAUAUGUAGAGGGAAAAUUGCUGAAGGUAUAGAUUUUGAUAAACAUUAUGGAAAAUGCGUUAUAUUAUUUGGCAUACCUUAUCAAUAUACUCUCUCAAAAAUUCUUAAAUCAAGAUUAGAUUUUUUAAAAGAAACUUAUAAUAUACAAGAAAAUGAAUUUUUAACAUUCGAUGCAAUGAGACAAGCUUCUCAGUGUGUUGGAAGAAUUAUAAGAAAUAAGAAGGACUACGGUAUUAUGAUUUUUUCCGAUAUUAGAUAUUCAAGAAAUGAUAAAAAAAAUAAAUUACCCCCAUGGAUUAUUAAGUGUAUGGAUAUAUCAAAUGUCAAUUUAACUAUUGGAACUGCUGUUAAUAUUUCUAAAAAUUUUUUACUUAAUAUGUCUCAACAAUAUAAAGAAACAGGGCAAACAAAAAUUUCACAAGACUUACUAGGAAAUCAGAUCAAAUGUUGGCAGGAAGUUAAGUCUAUUUUAAACAUGGAUGAUUUCAUUUAG